AGUAUAGAAAUUUGCGUUAGUAAAGUUUGCAGGGUUGCCAAUACAACACAUGUCAUUGUCUUGCUCGCGUAUUAUGUUAUAAAAGGAAUGUUUUUGUGAUUUAUAUAUGAAAAGUAAAUACUCUAAUCACUGUAUUUGUAUAAAUGUAAGUAACGUUUAACCAAAUUUAACCAAGAUAAACGUGUAUGCCGAAUUUAAGUGUGGCGUCCGGCGUUUUAUGUAAAAUGUGGCCAGCGCAAAUAGGCAGUCAAACGACCACCCAACCCAACUCACAACAAACAAAGCAAAAUGUUUCAAACUCUCAAACGUACGGUAUGACUUCUGCGAUAUCCACUGCGCCACCUCGACCUAGCGAUAUUGCCAAAACCACCGAGUUGGAGGAAGCCCUAAAACCCUAUGGCGUGUUUGAAAGUGACGAGGAACUUAAUCAUCGAAUGGAUGUACUUUCAAAAUUAUAUGGUCUAGUUAAGAAGUGGAUUAAGGAUGUGUCGAUAGCUCGUAAUAUGCCUGAAAGUGUUGCGGACAAUGUUGGGGGGAAAAUAUAUACAUUUGGUAGUUAUAGACUUGGGGUAUACAAUAAAGGUGCUGAUAUUGAUGCGCUUUGCGUAGCACCUAGACACAUAAAUCGCAGCGAUUAUUUUACAACGUUCUUUGAAUUACUACGACAGCAGCCUGAAGUAACUGAUCUCAGAGCUGUGGAAGAGGCCUUUGUACCGGUAAUAAAAAUGAAAUUCGAUGGCAUAGAAAUUGACAUGUUAUUCGCAAAGCUAUCGUUAAAAGAGAUCCCGGAAAAUAUGGACCUCCAAGACGACAUGUUACUGAAAAACUUGGACCCUAAGUGCGUUCGAAGUUUGAAUGGUUGUAGGGUGACUGACGAAAUUUUACGCCUCGUUCCUAACGUAGAUAAUUUUAGACUGGCUUUAAGGACGAUUAAAUUAUGGGCGAAACGUCACGGUAUUUACAGUAACGCAUUAGGAUAUUUGGGGGGCGUGUCAUGGGCGAUGUUAGUGGCACGAACGUGUCAAUUAUAUCCCCAGGCCGUCGCGGCCACAUUAGUACAUAAAUUUUUCUUAGUGUUCUCUAAAUGGAAUUGGCCUCAACCUGUACUUUUGAAGCAACCGUCUAGUGUAAAUUUAGGUUUCGCGGUUUGGGAUCCUAGGGUAAAUGUACAGGAUAGGUAUCAUCUGAUGCCUAUCAUAACUCCGGCGUAUCCUCAACAAAAUUCGACGUUUAACGUUUCGACGUCGACCAGAUCGAUUUUAAUUGAGGAGUUUAAGAGCGGCCUGAAUCUAACCGAGGAAAUAAUUCUUGGCAAACAGCCGUGGGAACGUCUCUUUGAACCGCCACCGUUUUUCAUGAAGUACAAACAUUUUAUUAUGCUCUCCGUCUGUGCUGCUACCGCUGAGGAUCAUCUCGAAUGGUGCGGCUUGGUUGAGAGUAAAGUCAGGCUACUUAUAGUUGCACUCGAACGAAACCCGCACAUAGUCUUAGCCCAUAUAAACCCCGAAAAUUUUAAUACGAUCGAACCGGCAUCGGAAUCGAAUCCGCACGUAUCCACCAUGUGGUUCAUAGGUUUAGAAUUUGCAAAAACCGAAAAUUUGAAUAUCGAUCUAACGCAAGAUAUUCAGAAUUUUACAAAAACGGUCAAUAGGCAAGCGACAAAUUCGAAAAUGUUAAAGGACGGCAUGGAAUUGGAAGCGAGACACGUUAAGAGAAAGCAAUUGCACCAAUAUUUAUCGCCGAGCGUGGUUAGGCGAGAAAGGAAGUUUAGCGGCACUUUGAAAAACGGGGCCAACAUCGAACGAAAGCGGUCUUUGUCGUUAUCAGAAAGUAUGGAUAAUAGUAAGAGGUCAUCAAUUACCGCAAACGAUUCCAAUAGUAACGAUGGGACUGUUAACAAUCGAAAGAGGCUUUCUGAUACUCUCUGUAACGAUGCUAAUGCGAGCAAACAACCCAGAUUAUCAGAAGAAAAUCGAUCUGCAACUUUUGAAGAUUCAUCAAAUAAUUCCUUGAACGAUGACUCCAAUAGCACUUUUAGCAUAAACGAUGAUGGUUCGAAUAGUAUAUCACAUCCAACACCAACAGAUAGUCCGCCAGCUCAAACUUUAUGUACUUGAUAACCAUCAAUUGUAACAUAAAUCACGUUAAAAUAUUCCAAUAAGUAAAUAACAUCGGUCCCACUCAAGAUAUCCCUUCAUUAAUUCAAGUACGUAUCUUUAAUUACAAUAUCCGUCGUAGUCGAUUGUGUUGUAAAAUAUUAUCGCAAUUUAGUUUUUUUUAAGGGGUAAAAUUAAGCCCUACUUAUUUUGUUUUUUAGGAGUAUGUUACGUAUUCUUGAGAAUGUAUGUGUAUAUUAUAGAGAGUGACCAAUAAUUGUGGCUUAAUUUUUUAUGUCUGCGUGUAUAUCUAAUUGUUUCUUUUAUUAAUUUUUUUAUGAACCAUGUUGUUGCGAUAGUAUUUUACUCCCCACCUUUAUUCAUUUCACAUUCAUUAAUGGUAAUAAAAUCAAAAUCGGAGUAAAUUAAAUUGUUAAAAUCACUUGUAAAUUGGACAUGCGUGACUUCAACAAUGAAUUUUAAAAGAUU